UUCAACAUAUGCAGCUGCAUGCAGCAGUUUGAAAAAUUUCAACUUUGCCCUGUUAUGUACACUACCCGCUCCGUUCGCUUGCGCCAUCAGUGCAAUGAGUAACAGUAUCAGGCCUCCUCGAUCUGAAAAUGGGAAUCCCUCGACUGACCAUAAAAGCAGAUAUCCGGCAACGUUUCAAGACGGCUUCCACGAUGCGGAGACCGUGCAAAAACUGCGCUACAACCGUCUGGGAAGCACUGAGCUCAGCAUUUCCGGCUUAAGUAUCGGUGGUGGAGGUUUUGGCGGGUUUUAUGAGUCUAUAAACGAGAGCGAGGCUGUUAAAGCCAUUCAUUUGGGUUUAAAAUUGGGAUUGAAUUACAUCGAUACUGCACCGUGGUAUGGAAGUGGCAGGUCCGAAGCGAUCUUUGGAAAGGCUUUGGCAACUGUGCCCAGGAAUGCUUAUUACAUUUCCACCAAAGUAGGACGCUACGAUCCAGAAGUGACCAAAAUGUUUGAUUUCCGAGCGGAAAGAGUUAUUGCUAGUGUAGAUGAAAGUCUACAACGACUUGCGCUUCCUUACGUGGAUGUUAUACAAAUACACGAUCUGGAAUUUGCUCCUAGUAUGGACAUAAUUUUAGAUGAAACACUUCCAGCCUUAGAAAAAGUGCGACAAUCAGGAAAAGCCAAGUUUAUAGGCAUCACCGGCUAUCCCGUAAAAACCUUAUUAGAAGUGGUAAAACGAAGCCGAAUCAAGAUCGACACGGUAUUAUCGUAUUGCCGUUAUGGUCUUUUGAAUAACGACUUGGCGGAAAUAAUCGCUGAAUUGCAAGAGCGCGACAUCGGAAUACUGAAUGCGGCACCGGUUUGUAUGGGACUGUUGUCCGAGAGGCCGCCACAAUGGCACGUUGCACAGGACUCCAUUAAAGAAGUCUGUAGGGAUGCUGUUAGGGACGCCAAAAAUCGUGGUUUUGAUCUGGGAACUCUUGCUCUCAAGAAAUGCUAUGCUUCCAAAGAUGUGGCAACAACUUUGAUCAGUAUGGAAAGGCCGGAAAUUGUUUCUGCAAAUGUUAAAGCAGUGACAGAACCAUUUACAACGGAAGAACAGAGUACAGCUGAUUCUAUUACGGAGAGGUAUUUUUUGCCUUUGUCACAGACCCAUUGGGAAGGUGUGGACGUAGACAAAUACUGGCGGAAACUGAAAGAAAAGACGGUUGAAGCUACUUAGAUUACACCAACUUGAUACUUCCCUAAAUUUCGUGAUUAUAGCGGAGUGCCUGACCAUAGGGCGUGGUGACAAUACAAUUGCAAAGUAAUCUGCAUAGUGCAUACUAAACUUUGCGAUGUUAGUCAUACGAAAGGCUGUUUCGGCUAAUAUUUGCCUUCACAUUGUCAGAACUGAUUGAAACAUGAUAUUGUACAAAACAGGCUUUUUUUUAAAGGCGACUUUUAUCAUUAAAGACCAGUUAGUGG